AAAGAGGGAUAAUCUACUGACUUUAAAUCUGGCUUGUGACUUCAUGAGGCUUGAGAUCACUUUCUAGUGAACUUUGAGGGAUCAUGCGUGACUUUAGGAAACUUUUAAAGUUAGUUUUUUAAAACUGCAAACUUAUGAAGGAACAAAGGGUUCUUGUAGGGAUGAAUUAUCUGACCUGCUAUUUUAAGGGAGGUAAUUUUGUGAGAUUUCUUACUUUCAUGUCAUCAAUACAUACGAGCGUGCAUCUCAUCCAGCUGAAUAGAUGGUGUUCAUCACAGCAUCUCCCUGAAAUUCUGUUCUGCUGUGCCUUGGAAUUGUUUUCCUAGAGCAAUGUCAAGAAAACCAAACCCAUAAACCGAUACCCUUCCGCUCUCUGUUUUGGAGAUUAUGCUUCCCAAGGUUGGAAUAUGAUACCAAAUCAACUGGUAGCCAUUAAUCUGUUAGUUAAGAAUUUAAUCUAACUCUUUUAGACAGUAGUGUUGUUCCAUUUUUCUUUGCUUCAAAAAAGGUGAAUAGCUAUGCUACAGAACAAGGAGAGGAAAGAACAGUGGCUAUGUGGCUAUGUUCUCCUUAAUGUAAGAGCUUCCAGAAUGAAUUAUAGAUCAAAUGCAAAGGAGUGUGUGGGAGGGAAAUUUUUAUUUCCUCUUGCUGUAGCCAAGGUAAAUAGUAACCUGAUAACAGAGUGCCCUUUAAACUUGGAACUCAAGAGGUUCUAAUGGGGACAGUGUUCAAUUAGUUAAAAUUGUUGCAUUCAGUUUGUUGCCUCGUUUUGCUGUUAUAUAAUAAAUUCAAUCCUCUUUACUGAUAUAAAGUAUGUCCAGUGGAAGUAGAGUUCUGCAAGUCUAGUUGUAGUUUGUGGAGAAUUAAAACAAAAAUAAAGUUUUCGGUGAAGUAUCUUGUGUUACAAAAUACUCUGGGCAUCAGAGCAUUUGUGAAUACCUUUGAAAAUUCAGUUAAUCAUUUACAGAAGUAAUAGUUGGGGUGUUUUUGCAGAUGGUGGAAAGUAUUGAUGGAGACAGUAAUGAAGAUGAGAUUUAAAAGCUGUUUUUUCUUCCUAGUUAUGAUGAAUUCAGGCAAACUCUUUGCAGAAGAUAAACUUUGUGAUUUGCCACAUGUAGAAAAUGGAAGGAUUGCUCCAUAUUAUUACAGUUUCAAAAGUUACUAUUUCCCUAUGCUUAAAGGAAAAAAACUUUCCUAUUCUUGCGUGGCUGGUUAUACAACUGAAACCGGGACUCAAGAUGGAAGAAUAACUUGUACAGCAAAGGGAUGGUCUCCAGUGCCACAGUGCUACAAAAAAUGUAAAAAGCCUCUUCUGGAACAUGGCAUUUUUUAUAGUACAGAAACGUACUUCAAAAUACAUGAGAAACUACAAUACAAAUGUAAUCAAGGCUACUACACUCCCAGUGGUGAUACUGAAGAUACAGUACACUGUCAAUCAAGUGGAUGGUCUUCCCAGCCAAACUGUACCAAGAAAGUUGAGUCAUGCCAAGUACCCGAGUUACAUCAUGGCAACUAUUUCACAACCCAGCGAGAGUUCCGAGUAAAUGACGCGCUGCUAUAUAAAUGUGAUGAGGGAUACCACACGGCAGGAGGAAACACUACAGAAGAAGCAGUUUGUCUCACACAUGGAUGGUCCCUUACUCCAAACUGCAUGAAAAAAUCCUGCCCCUCUUUGGGUGGAAUAGAACAUGGAGGUUUCUAUCCUGUGAAGAAAAUCUAUGAAGAAGGAGAUGUUGUUCAUUUUUUCUGCGAGGAAAAUUAUUCUUUCCGUGAAUUCGACCUAAUUCAAUGUUAUUACUUUGGAUGGUAUCCAGAUCCUCCAGUGUGUGAAGAUGUAAGAAAUAAAUGUCCUCCACCACCACUUCCUCCUCAUGCCCAUAUCAUCGCAGUUAGGAGAACAUACCACAGUGGCGACAGAGUUCGUAUACAGUGUCAGAGUGCAUUUGAAAUAAGAGGAUCUGGGGAAAUCCAGUGUGAAAAGGGAAAAUGGACAUCACCCCCAAUUUGUAUGGGAUCUACGGAUAAAAAGCAAUCUGAGGCGCCAGCACUCGAGGCAGCUGGUUCAAUAAGGGCAAGCAAAACAUAUCACAGUGAAGAAAUGAAAAUACAGCAAAAUUGUACCUCUCCACCAGUGAUUAAAAAUGGUGUUCUUCUCAGCCCUUUAUUGCCAAGUUACAAAAAUGGUAACUCAGUAGAAUAUGGUUGCCAGCGUUACCAUUUUUUGGAUGGAUCCAGUACUGUUUACUGCAAACAAGGAAACUGGACAGAACAGCCUACUUGCUUGGAGCCGUGCAUUCUUAAUGUAACUGAUAUGAACAGUAACAACAUAGAAUUGAGAUGGAUACAGGAAGAAUUCGUCUUCCUACAUGGUGAUCUCAUUGAGUUUGAAUGUAAGCAAGGAUACAAAUUUGCCCACACUACCAUGCCAUCUCCUGGGAGGACACAGUGUAACCGUGGAAGACUGAAAUACCCCAAAUGUGUUUUUCAAGUUCCCAUGGAAAAAUGUGACUCUCCACCAUCUAUUGCAAAUGGAGCUCUUACUCUCCCACCUCUGACCCAGUAUGACAAUGGUUCUUCAGUUCAGUAUAGCUGCUCUGAUUAUUAUUUCUUGCAAGGAUCUGAGAGAAUUUACUGUUCUGAGGGCCAGUGGACUUCACCACCACUUUGUAUAGAGCCGUGCACUUUGUCAAAAAAUGAAAUGGAAAAAAAUAAUGUGCUGGUGGAAAGUUUUUAUGAGAACCAAGUUUACUUUUACCAUGGAGAUUAUGUUGGAUUUUACUGCAAACAGAACCAUUUUGGAGCAGAAUCUGGUACAACUUUAUUUCAAGUGCAGUGCAAGAGAGGACAGCUAGCAUAUCCAAGAUGUGUUGAAAGAGGAAAAUAAGUAAGUAUGACUUCAGAAAAUGUAUAGGAAAGGCAUGUAUGUGUUCCUUAUCUGGUAUUAACAGAUGCAUUAGAAUGGCCUCGUAUCUUCACUAUGACUGCAGUUGACUUUGAGAAAUGUGUGUUCAGUGGUGUUGUUGAAUCUGAAUUGAAGAGGGAGGGAAAUGAAAAAAUUUUCUGUGGAAUGGGGACUGAGUAUGCAGCAGCACAAUGCAAUAUGGGCAGAUGUUAUGUGGAAAUUUUAGGAAGAAGAAGAGUUCUGUAAGGCUUAUAGUGCUUCUGCCAGUGCAUCUGUGCAAGAGAUGCAAAUAUUCCUUUUGACAUUUGUGGAACUUGGAUUUUAGUUACUUUGUGUUGGCAGUACAGGUGAUGAAUUGUUUAUCACUGCAUUCAGCUUAUCACUGCAUUUUCACUAGGACUGUAUUCAUAAUAUUGGUUACUAUUAUUAAUGUUGCUUAUAUAUUGUUGAGAAUUCCUCUCAUUCUGUUGCUGUCAUUGCAUUCAACAUUAUGCAUUUGUUUUUGCACCAGACCUUCAGCUCUGGCUGAAGCUGGGGGGGAGGGAGGGGUCCCCUUUGGCAACAGUAGAAGGCAGAUGAUGUCGUUUCUAAGGCUGUGAAGAUGAGCACAUAAAGUAAAUAACAAUGCACUGCAGUAGCCUAUUGCUUUGCAUUGAAAGUUAUGGCAGUACUUUUCCUGUCAUCUGGGUAAGGUUUUGCAACAAGAAACUUCACCAAAGUUGAAAAACAAACAAACAAGCCCAACACACACUUCUUCUCAAUAUGAACAUUUAAAAUACACUGUCUACGUCUCUUUCACUCCCCCAGUCCAGACAGCUAAAUGGAACCCCACUGCAAUAUGGAGCACCAGCUCUUCCCCCAGGACACUUCAGUGCCUUAUAUGACCCAGGGUCCUCUGCCACAGAGACCGAGUGAGAGCACCACUGUCAAAUCUGUAUAUUAAAUGGCAUUAAAGCUCAAUUUCUUUUUUUUUUUUUGGUAGUAUAAACAGAAGUUUUAAUAGUUUCUUGCUACGAUAAGCAAUGGAUUAUCUUGUGCAGUUACUUGCACCCUACCCUGGAGCCCUGCUGUUCUAGUCUAUGUUCAGCAUUGAUUCAUCCCAGUCUUCAGCUGAAAGAUUCCCUCUUCUCCAAGUUCCUGCUAUGAAUGACCUGUCUGUGCAAA